UGAACAGUGACCAAGAACAACUCCCACGUUAGUAUUUUUAUUUUUGUUACAUAGACGUUUAUUAACACACUGGAACAAAACAUAUUCAUAUUUUAACUGCAAGCCGUUUAAUUCGUGUUGGAGACAGGACUUGCUUGAUAGAUGUUUUCUAAGUAACGCUAGCUAGCUGCUAACAUUAGCUAACAAUGCCAAUGGAUAACUUUAACGGUAUGGGCUUUCACACUCAAAUAGCCUCCAUUAUGGAGAUGCUAGCGAAUGCAGCCGUUGCAGAGAUAUGUACACUCGUAGACAACGACUAUGCAGUGUUUCGUUUAGAAAUAACUCAAAGCCAGAAAGAAAACAGGGCAUUGCGGAGGAAACUACAGCUACUGGACCUGAAGGUGGCACGGGAACGCGCAGAGAGGACCAUUCGAGAGCGCACCCUCGCAAGUCGUACCAGUAAUGUCAAGAUUCUUGACCGGUACAGAGGAAUGGCAAGAGGUGAAGGACAUCUCACUGGAGGCCACAGGCGCUUUGAGAAGCCAGCAGGACACAAUACAUGGAGAGAUGACCAACCAAUCACUGUUGAUGAGGGGAGUGGAACCUUAACCAAGCACGUGAUAGAGGAUAGGUCUGCAGAUGCAGAGACUGCAGGUCCUGGGGUCAAGCUGGAAAGGUCUGAAGGAGAGGAAGCUCCACUGCACAGCAGAGACAUCCAAACUGGAGUGGCUGGAGCGACCCCUGUAGCCACAGAGGACCCCACCACCGCCCCAGUGCAGCCCAGGACCCGACGCAGCAUGACGGAGGAGGAGGGUCCAGAGGUGCUUUUGGUGAAGGAUGAGGGGUCUUGA